AUGGCUAUCGGAAUAGCUAUUAUCGGCAGUGGCAACUUUGCUAAAGAACAGCAUUUGGCCGUCAAAGACCUCACUCUCAAAGCCAUCUAUUCACGGUCCCUCAAAUCAGCACAGGACCUCGCCAGCACCACCACAAACAUCGAUCUCUACUCCGAGGAUUCCGGCGAAGGACACUCCUACUCAGAUCUUCUAGCACGCUCAGAUAUCAGCGCCGUCAUCAUCGCUCUCCCUAUUCUGGUCCAACCAGACUUCAUCCGCCAGGCUCUCCUAGCAGGCAAGCAUGUUCUUUCCGAAAAGCCCAUCGCCAAGGACGUCGCAACGGCGCGUGAGCUUCUGGCAUGGUACCAGAAGAACAUCGAUGCUAGCAAGGUAUUCUGGGCCGUGGGCGAGAAUUACCGGUACUUGACCAAAUUCUUGUUCGCAGCGGAGCAGGUCCGGCAAAUGGGACCAGUGCGCCAUUUCAGAGUAAACGUGCAUAGUCUCGUGAAGCAGGAUAACAAAUACUACCAGACCGCCUGGCGCAAAACACCAGAGUACCAGGGAGGAUUUCUCCUUGACGGCGGCGUCCACAUGGUCGCCGGUCUCCGACUUAUCCUAGGAUCCGAAGAGAAAAUCGCGACUGUGUCCGCGCACUCACAGCUCCAGCAGACAUACCUGCCACCCGUUGAUACUGUAGAUGCGGUUGUGAAGACGGCGUCCGGAGCUACGGGUCUUGUGUCUCUGUCAUGGGGCUCUGCGUUCAAUGAUAACAUCUUUGAGUUUUCCUGCGAGAAGGGCGUGGUGAAGAUGCAUUUUGAUGGAGUCACUGUUAAUAGUUUGGAUCAUGUUAUUGAGUUUGAUGGCAAGGGCGUUGUCCCUGAGGUUGCAGAUUUCGCUGCGGCUGUUAUCAAUGGAAGGCCUGUUGCUGAGAGACAGUCGCCCAAGGAGGCGUUGGCUGAUUUGGAGGUUUUGGAGCAGAUGUUGCGGAGUGGGGAGCGAGAGGGAGACAAGAUGGAGGUUCAGUGGCAGUAG